AGGCGGUUCCUGCAACUUGUACUGGACCAAUACAGAAAUCUUAUAGAGAUAACCUUGUGUGAAAUCUCCGAAUACUGGAAGCUGUAAAAGAGCACGUGUUUAUACAAAGAUAUAUAAAUAAAAAAGAAAUCUAUCAAGGUCAAGAAGUAAUUAUUUAUUUUCUCCAUCUUUGCAGAAUAGAUCUGAGUGUUAUAGCUCCAAAACGUUCUUGUUUUCCACCGAAGGGAUACAGCCAACGAGGAUGGCAGCGACUUUUACAACCACAUUGUUGUUGUUUUCCGUGGGGAUCGUACUACUUGUAGAAACGGCGUCUAUCACAGGAGAAAAAGCUGCUAUUGUGCCUGUAAUUGAAGAAAACAACAACAACACAACUUUCCUGGAUAUUAAGCACGUGCAGUCUAUUAACCCUGGUUCAGUCAACUCUCCCAGAGUGUGGAUAAAGUUUGAGGAAUUUGUGAACAAAGCUAAAACUGAUCCUUCUUUUUUGGAACUUCUUAUAAAGAUUUUGAUGAAACUUGGCUUCUCCCACAAAGAGGUCCAAGACCUUCUUACCAAAGGAAUUACUAGCUGGAGAGGGACAAAUAUCACUUUGCAGGAUGUCUCAAAGUUCUGCUGUCCCCUGGGGAUCUAAGCAGAAAGUAACUUUUGAUGUGCGGAUUUUAAGUAAUAGGAAAUGUAAAAAUCAGUGGCUUUAUGUACCAUCAAAUAAUCGAGAAGAAACAUUUUUCUAUUUGUGGAGUACAAUACUGAUUUGUAUAAUUGUAAUCAAUCUGAUCAAUAUUCGCCUUCAACGUUAAUUUUUUGAAAAACCCCUGUAGUCAACCAAUUAAUAAUAAAAAUACAUUUUCGUACAAUCAGUAA